UGAGAUGUUUGUAGAGAUACUUUUACGUGCAAACCGCCAUCAGAGAUGAUUGUGUACAUGACUUCUAGGUUAUCAAGAUAUCAUAAACCAGUAUUACUAGCUUGUAGGAAUUUAUGUAAAAAUGGAAAUGUAUUCUAUAUUAAAUUUCGUAAAUCAUUUCACACGAACGUUGGUACAGAAAUUAUCAAAUUAUCUGAUGGGAAACAACUCAGCUUGUCUACAGGCAAAUAUGCACGCUUUGCUGAUGGCAGUGCGAUAGCUACUUUGGGAGAUACCUCUGUUAUGGUCACAGCAGUUAGUAAAAAGGAAAUAUUAGCCAAUUCUAACUUUCUCCCACUUACUGUGGACUACAAGCAAAAAGCAGCAGCAGCUGGACGGAUACCAACAAAUUUUCUACGAAGAGAACUUGGACCAACUGAACAUGAAAUCCUCACAAGCAGAUUCAUUGAUCGCUCCAUAAGGCCAUUGUUUCCAGAAGGAUACUCUUCUGAAACUCACGUAAUGUGCAACAUGUUAGCUAUUGAUGGCAUUCAUGAUCCUGAUGUAAUAGCCAUUAAUGGUGCCUCUGCGGCGCUCAGUGUUUCUGAUAUACCAUGGAAUGGUCCUGUAGGUGCUGUUAGAAUCGGAAUGAUCAACAAUGACAUUUUGAUCAACCCUACUAGACAUCAAAUUCAAAACAGCAUAUUGAAUAUCAUUAUCACUGCAGCGAAGCAAAAUUUAAUCAUUAUGAUGGAGGGUUCAGCUAAUGAAAUAUUGGAACAAGACCUGAGGAAGGCGAUAAAGUGCGGCGUAAAGGAGUGCCAAAACAUCGUGGCCGCAAUAAUGAAAUUGCAAAAGACGCAUGGCAAGGCAAAGAGACAAGUUGAGAUAAACACGCAACAGCAAGACGACAAUCUGGCCAAUUCAGUGAAAGAACUUUCGGAAGCAAAACUGCGGGAUAUAUUUUGCAAUUACGAGCACGAUAAAAUCUCCAGAGAUAAUGCGAUCAACGAUCUUAGGAAUAAUAUUGUAGAAACAUUGAAAAAUAAUAAUGCGGAUUUGGACGUUAGAUUGGCGGAAAAUAUUUACGCAAAACUCACUAAGGAUGUUUUCAGAUCACUAGUAUUUGAGAAGAAUGUCAGAUGUGAUGGACGUUCGUUGCACCGCAUACGUAACAUAUCGUGUCAAGUGGAUCUCUUCAACCCUCUGCAUGGUUCGGCUGUAUUUCAGAGAGGUCAAACACAAGUUAUGUGCACUGUGACCUUGGACUCCUUGGAAAGCACGCUUAAGAUGGAUGCUGUUUCAAUGUUAAUCAGCGGUAUGAAGGAGAGGAAUUUCUUUCUCCAUUAUGAAUUUCCGCCUUACGCGACAAAUGAAAUAGGAAGCCGCGGGAGUCGGGUGCGUCGUCGCGAAAUGGGACACGGCGCCUUAGCGGAGAGAGCCUUACGGCCGAUUAUUCCCAAAGAUUAUCCUUUCACUAUAAGACUAACUAGCGAUGUAUUAGAAUCAAAUGGUUCUUCCUCUAUGGCCACUGUCUGCGGUGGGAGUUUAGCACUGCUUGAUGCAGGCGUACCGAUAUCUUCGUCAGCUGCAGGUGUGGCUAUCGGCCUGAUGACGAAAUAUAAUAAAGAUAAAACAGAUAUCGAGGAUUACAAAAUAUUAAUCGACAUAUUGGGAAUAGAAGAUUACCUCGGAGAUAUGGACUUUAAAAUAGCAGCUACCAAGCGCGGAUUUACUGCCUUGCAGGCCGACAUAAAGAUACCGGGGGUUCCAUUAAAGAUCAUAAUGGAAUGUAUGCAUCAUGCGAAAACUGCUACAAUGGAAAUUAUUAAGAUAAUGAACAAAGUGAUAAGUACACCACAACAGACUAGAAAGGACAAGAUGCCGGUGCUUGAUAAUUUGGAAGUACCAAUCUAUCAGAGAGGAAAGUUCCUCGGAGUUGGCGGAAUGAAUCUGAAGAAGAUACUUUUAGAGACGGGAGUACACAUAUAUCCGAUCGACGACAACAUCUACUCUAUAUUCGCACCGAACGAAGAUGCUAUGGUCGAAGCUAAGGAUAUGAUAGAUCAGAUUUUGCAAAAAAAUAAUGAGCCGACUUUGGAGUUUGGUGCCAUUUAUACCGCGAGAAUAAUGGAAAUUCGCGAAAUCGGAGUUAUGGUAACGCUGCAUCCCAACAUGGUACCGGUGUUACUGUCCAAUUCGCAAUUGGAUCAACGCAAGAUUCAUCAUCCUAGCGCUCUGAACCUCCACGUUGGCCAAGAGAUACAAGUUAAAUAUUUCGGACGUGAUCCUGUAUCCGGGCAGAUCAGGAUAUCGCGAAAAGUGUUGCAAGAGCCGAUUUUAAUUCAGAGGACUUUACAUCACGAUAAGAAAAUAUCGAAAAAGACGGAAGUAUUAGAUAAGGCGGAAAUAUCGGAAAAUACGGAAACGGCGGAAAAAGCGUGAAAAUUUGAAUUCAAUAAUAUGUUGAAUGACACUAUUGAUGAGAUACUAUUUAGGAUCCCGUUAUUUUUCAGAAGUUCGCGUAGUUUGAGGAAUUUAUGUGUUGACGUUGUUUUGGAAAUUAUUUAAAAUAUUCUUAUUAUUUCUAAUAUUAAUGUUAAUAGAGAAAUAAUAAGAAAUUUUAAUCAGCAUGGAUGAUAAUUACUUGCAAAAUAUAAUUCACAAUAAUUUUGCAGAAAUAUAUCACACUGCAGAUUUAAUUUUUCCUGUAAUUUUUUAUUAUCAUUCAUGGAACUUCAUUUGAAAUCCCAUAGCAUCUCUCGAUGGUACCAUGCAUGUCAGUCAUUCUGAAGUUACAUUGUAGAAAAGUAAUAACUGUACAUAUUUUCACAAAAACUGGAUACUAUUUUUAAAUAUAGUUUCUAGCUAUAAUUCCAGCUGUAAAUUAUUUGUUGGAUUCUAAAUUUUUUGUAUGAUGUAAUUGUUAAAAACACAAACACGAAAGUAUUACAAAUAAAAUAUU